AUGACCGUAGAUAAAAUUUUAAAAAAUCUAGGAAGUAAUUUUCUGAGUCUUGAUAAAGGAUUCGUGUUUGGUCCUCAAGGUAAAUUAUUGCGUCGUAAUUUGGAAAAUUUUUGGUUUCGUAGCAGCAUCAUAAUGCCGCCUUACAACGUUUUUUUAACGUCGCCUGAUAAAAUUUGCGAAACACUUGAAAAUUUAAAAACUCGUGGCGUAGAAGAGAGACCUUUAGGUAUCGCCAUGAUUGAGGAAUCAAAAAAUUCAUGGAACAGCGAAAUUAUGAACGCAUUUCCGAAAUUGAAUACGCAUAGAACUGGAACAAUAACAAUAAUUACAGACACAAAUGAAGGCAAAGAAUUGUAUCAUAAAACGCAGCGUGAACGCAAAAUAUGGUGGCGGAAAUUUUCUCGAGAACCGUCGAGAUUUAAAUUUACAGAUUCGAAAAAAAUAAGUAAAAAUAAAGAUAGUACUGAGAUAGCAGUUGAUUUUUCAUUUGGGUCCAUUGUCAUCGAAACGAUUUCACAUCAGAAGGAUGUAAAAAAAUUUAAUAAUCAGAUUGAAAUGAAUCCGGAUGUUCAUAUAAUUGAACAUAAAGCAUCAUUAGACUGGGGUUCUCUAGCACUUAUCUGUGAUGCAUAUAAUUUAUUAUUAGAAGAAUGUCAGUUGAAACUUAAUCCUAAAUUAUCGCCAUACAAAGUCGGCUUUCAUAUACCGUCAAGGUCUGAUGAAUCAUCAGACUUAUUGUCAGAAAAGAAAAGACGAUUUAUGUUGUAUUUAAAUAAUUUGUUGAAGUCCAAAGGUGUUGAAACAAUAGUUUCGACAAGUUUAAAAGGUAUCGAAAGUUUUCAAGUGCCUUUGGUUGUUACUGUUGAUAAUAAAAGUCUGGAAAAUGGUAUAAUUCAAGUAUGGAGUCAGCUAACAACAUUAGCUGAGUCUGUUCAUAUCACAGAUUUACCUAAAUAUGUUUUAUCUCGUUGUAGUUGAUUUGAAAUAAUUAUUGAAAUAAAAAAAAAAUUUUUAAUAUAUUAGGUUUUGAAAAUGGACUAAAAAGUAUAAAAUAAUUUCUUUGAGCCUCAUGAAGAUUUAAAACAACAUACAAAUUCCGAACUUCUUGCAUAUGGCCCUGAGAAUUUGCGAUGGUGAAUUUUUAAUAGCUAUGAAAAUACUUGUAAGAUUUAAAACAAAAAUCGUGGGGUGCAUGCAAUACAUAACUGUAAGAAGUGUAGAGAAGAUCUAUCAAUGAGAGAACUUACACAUCAGUUCAUAUCAUUUGCAGUGCAAUAAAAUUGAUAGUUGAACUAUUAAUGCAUCAAUUAUCUGUUGCAUGUGAUGCCCGUUUUUCAUUUUAAAUCUUACAGGUAUUUUCAUGGCUAUCAAAAAUUCACAAUUACAAAUUUUCAGGACUAUUUAUAAGAAGUUCAGAAUCUGUAUGCGGUUUUAAAUCCCCGAGGCUCAGAGAAAUUAUUUUAUACUUUUUAGUCCGUUUUAAAAACCUGGUACAUUAAAAAUUUUUUUAUUUUAAUAAUUAUUUCCUGCUUUUUGGUAUUUUGUACGUGAAAUUUAAUAAUCGGAUUUAAAUACUUUAUAAGAAAUUUUACAACUGUAAUAUAUAAAAUUAAAUAAAGAAAUAAUAUUAACUGAAAAUUAAAUAACAUUUGAACCUUAUAAACAUUCAGUAUACGUACAUUUUUAAGUACGACAAAUUUUUUUCUACAGAAACAGAAUGUUUUUAGUGUUUAAGUAUAAUUGCAUAUUAUACACACGUCAUCUAUAGUUUUUUUUAUUCAUACACUCAAUUAUUCAAUAAUCUGUCGAAAACUAAUGAAAAAAAUCACUUUAUUCUGUUCGUUUAUCUGUCAUCCAGUUGUGAGCUAUAUUUAAAAAUAUAAAUCAUCCAGAAGUCAGUUUUAAAUUAAUUAUAAAAAUUUGCACCGAACAGACAAAUAAAUGAAUACGAAAGCGAGUUGAUAUUGCAUUGUUUCGAGCUGUAAUUUAAGUCGUUCAUUGAACGCAAUUUUUUUUUCUCAUUUUCUUGUAUUGUCAUCUAAUUCUGAGCUAUGUUCCAAAUUUCAAGUCUCUAGCUCACCAGAAA